UUCUGGUUGGAGCUGAUCGACGAAAGAGCGCAACACGUGCUUUGUCGAGUGUUGUGUUUUUACAGACAGUCAGUAUGAGUGCGUGCCUGUCCGUGAGCGAACUCACUUCAUAAGCAGUUUUCGCCUACACAUAAUUCGAGCGAACAAUGGGUGUCCACGAGCAAGACGACUCCAAGUACAAAUUCGCCGACAAUAACAGCAGUGAUGUAUUUUACAAAAUAUCCGGAAAACGAGCAAACGACGAUCAUUUUGUCAGCGGUAGCAAGCACAUCAAGAUCGAAAGUGCAGACAAUAAUAAUUCCGAGGUUACGAAUGCGGAGCAGCAACACAAAGAGCAAGGACCUGCCGGAGCUGUGGAAAAAAAGACAAUAACCCUUCAGCAGCAGCGGAAGGAUUUGCCCGUUGUCAAAUUGAGAAAACAAUUGCUUGAACAAAUUCGUAAAAACGAUACUUCUAUAAUAGUUGGAGAUACUGGCUGUGGAAAAACAACACAAAUUCCUCAACUCCUUUAUGAGUCUGGAAUGGCAGGAUCAUGUAGUUGUAUUGGCAUAACCCAGCCUAAAAAAGUAGCUGCUAUUAACAUUGCUAGGAGAGUGGCAUUAGAACAAAACACUGCCGUUGGUAAAUUAGUUGGCUGGUCUGUUCGCUUUGAAGACAUGACUUCUCCAGAAACUAGGAUUAAAUAUCUCACAGAUAGUACACUAAUAAGAGAAGCUAUAAUUGAUAAUCAAUUACUCAAAUACUCAAUAAUUAUUUUGGAUGAAGUUCAUGAACGAUCUAUUCAGACUGAUGUAUUAGUUGGUCUUGUCAAGAGAGCACAAAAACUCAGAAGGAACAGUAAUGCCAGUCCUUUAAAAAUAAUAGUUAUGUCUGCUACAAUGGAUGUAGAUAAAUUUGCAAAAUAUUUUGAAACAUUACCAAUUUAUGUUGAAGGCAGACAAUAUCCAACAAAAGUAUAUCAUGCAAAAGAAUCACAAAAUGAUUACCAAUUUUCUGCUUUAGCAACUGCCUUUCAAAUACACCAGAAAUCUCCAGCAAACGAGGAUAUAUUAAUAUUUUUAACUGAUCAAGAAGAAAUUGAAGUUAAUUGUAUUACGGCAAGACAAGCAGCUAAAUUAUUGGAUGGAAAAGGCUAUCCUGCUUUAAAAGUAUUUCCACUUUAUUCUUCUCUGCCAACACAUCAACAGUUGGAGGCCUUCAAACCCUCUCCCCCAGGGAUGAGGAAACUUAUCUUAUCUACUGAUAUUGCUGAAACGUCCUUGACUAUAGGAGGAAUUAGAACUGUUAUAGAUACUGGUGUAGUUAAACAACGCUGGUAUGAUCCAAUUCUUGGUCAUGAUGUAUUAAGAUAUGAUACAAUCUCAAAGGCACAAGCUUUACAGAGGCUAGGGCGAUGUGGCCGCGAGGGACCAGGAGUUUGCUUUAGAACUUAUACUAAAGCAGAGUUUGAAAAAAUUCCCGAAAUGCCAGUCCCCGAAAUUCAAAGAUGCUCAUUAAUAAAUGUCGCUCUUUGGCUUCUAGCUAUCAAAAUUGAUAUCACCACAUUCGAUUUCAUGGAUAAACCAUCGGAAGAAACGAUAGCAAAUGCAAUAGCGUAUCUAGAACGAUUAGGCGCUGUCUCAGGUACUCCGGCAUGUUUAACAAGUCUCGGUGAAACGAUGGCACUGUUUCCAUUGGAUCCGAGAUUUACAAAAGUGAUACUUGCGUCGGUCGAAUACGAAUGCUUGGAGGAAGCUCUGACUGUGAUAGCUCUUUUGUCCGCGGAAAGCAUCUUUGUCGAUAGCCCGACGAAACACGAAGAGGCUCUGACAGCUCGAUCUAGAUUCAAGUCGGAAGAAGGCGAUCACGUGACACUUUUGAAUGUCUACAAUGCAUACACGAAAAAGAACCAGAAAAAAGUUUACUGCCAAGAUAAUUUUUUGAAUCAUCGAAAUCUCGAGUACGCCGUUCUCGUGAGAAAACAAUUGUUGGCUUUGAGUGAAAGAGCUGGAUUGGUAAUGACAAGAAGCUCGGUGAUUAAUACCGAGAAUCUCAGGAGAGCUUUGCUCGAUGGCUUGAGUGAAAACUUGGCUGAAUUGCAGGAGGAUCAAACUUACGUCGUGGUCAAGUCGAGACAUCCAGUAGCGAUUCAUCCAUCAUCAAUCCUCUUCGGCACGAGGCCGCGGCUUGUUUUAUUCACAGAAGUCGAUCGGCUUGACCAAUUUUAUAUCAACGGGCUCUCUAUCAUAGAUCCCGCAUGGUUAAACGAAACAAUUGAAAAAGACUGAGACUUAUGUGAUUACCUUUGUAUUGCAUAAAUGUACAUAUUUACGUUUUCACAUCGACUGAUUAGAUUUUAAGAAGUAUGAAAUUUUUUUUCAUGCUAUGCAUUAUUUUAUAUACAUACAUUUAUAAACGUUUUAUAACUUUAAGGUAUCGUAUAUAUUUGUUACUUAACAAAAUGGAUCCCAUUUUUUGCAAAAAUAUAUGAUGGAAAUUCCAUAUUUGUACGAAGAUGUAAGUACGUAAAUAAUUAUUAUGUUUGUAUGUAAACAUA